GGAGUCCACAUCCGGCCCACGAACGAGAAACGGGGUCUUUUUCAAGCGUACGCCAUUGCUGGCGUAUGGUAGUUUAUUAUAUUGAAACGAAAAUCAAAAACCAUCCAAUAUGGUGAAUUUCACGGUAGACGAGAUCCGGGCCAUGAUGGACAAGAAGAAGAACAUCAGGAACAUGUCUGUCAUUGCCCACGUUGACCAUGGCAAGUCAACGUUGACAGAUUCACUGGUGUCGAAGGCCGGUAUCAUAGCAAAUGCGCGUGCCGGCGAGACUCGCUUCACUGACACCCGUAAGGAUGAACAGGACAGAUGUAUCACUAUCAAGUCUACCGCUAUCUCUAUGUUCUUCGAGCUGGAGGAGAAAGAUUUAGCAUUCAUCACCAAUCCUGACCAGCGUGAGAAAAGUGAGAAAGGUUUCUUGAUCAAUCUGAUCGACUCACCUGGGCACGUUGACUUCUCUUCUGAGGUGACAGCUGCUCUCCGUGUCACUGAUGGCGCCUUGGUCGUCGUGGACUGUGUCUCUGGUGUGUGCGUACAAACUGAGACCGUGCUGCGUCAGGCCAUUGCUGAGCGUAUCAAGCCUAUCCUGUUCAUGAACAAGAUGGACCGCGCCCUGCUGGAGCUGCAGCUGGAAUCUGAAGAGCUUUACCAAACUUUCCAGCGUAUUGUGGAGAAUGUGAAUGUCAUUAUUGCUACCUACAAUGAUGAUGGUGGCCCUAUGGGCGAGGUGCGUGUGGACCCGAGCAAGGGCUCCGUGGGCUUCGGCUCCGGCUUGCACGGCUGGGCUUUCACGCUCAAGCAGUUCGCCGAGAUGUAUGCCGACAAGUUCAAGAUCGACCUUAUCAAGCUCAUGAACAGACUGUGGGGAGAGAACUUCUUUAACGCAUCGACGAAAAAGUGGUCGAAGCAGAAGGACUCAGAAAACAAGCGUUCGUUCUGCAUGUACGUGUUGGACCCUAUCUACAAAGUUUUCGACGCAAUCAUGAACUUCAAGAAGGAUGAGAUAGAAAGCCUGCUCAAGAAGCUCAACAUCACCAUAAAGCACGAGGACUCUGACAAGGAUGGCAAGGCCCUCCUCAAGGUAGUGAUGCGUUCGUGGUUGCCGGCUGGUGAGGCGCUGCUUCAGAUGAUUGCCAUCCAUCUGCCGUCACCUGUUGUCGCCUGUUCAAAUAAGUAUAAAGAAGACAAUAACGCUAUUAGUAAUCAUUAG